AUGCCGCAGGUGGAAAUGUUUCUUUUUGUUUUCCUCGUCCUUUGGAUGUCUGUAUUCAGUCAAGAGCCGGCAUCAAAGGUUGUGGCAGAUCGCUAUGCUGUUUACUGGAACCGCACGAAUCCAAGAUUCUACCGCGGAGACUACCACAUCGACGUGUGUAUAAACGAUUACCUGGAUGUUUACUGUCCCCAUUACAUGGACUCCGUUCCUGAGGAGAGAACCGAGCGUUAUAUUCUUUACAUGGUGAACUACGACGGCUUCAUCUCCUGUGACCACACCGCCAAGGGCUUCAAACGCUGGGAGUGCAACCGGCCGCACUCGCCUAACGGUCCUCUCAAGUUCUCCGAAAAAUUUCAGCUCUUCACACCAUUCUCUCUGGGCUUUGAGUUCCGGCCAGGCAGAGAAUAUUAUUACAUAUCAUCCACAGUUGCUGAGAAUGGGAGAAAAACGUGCCUACGGUUGAAGGUUUUUGUCAGGCCUGGAGCCACUUGUGUGAAAACCACCACCGUUCAUGAUCGAGUCUUUGAUGUCAAUGACAGAGUUGAUAACUCUAUAGAGCCAAGAGACGACACAAGUCACGAGUCUGCCGAGCCAUCUCGAGGCGGCGUGAACUCUGCAGGAAGUCUCCGGACUGCUGCCGUUUUGGUGGUUUCAGCGCUGGUUCUUCUAGCUGCUCUCUCAUCUUCAUAG